AUGCAGUCCAGUCCGGUCAAAAGUUCAAGAUUCGGACGACCAACCGUCAAACUAGCAGUUUGCAAGGUCGCAUUCCCACCAAAACCCACCAACCAUGUCCGGGUCCCUGCUCGCAAUCACGAUGCAACAACGCAUCGUACUGCAGGUGCUGGACUGGUGCUACCGCCCAGACCACAAGGAGGAAUUAGUCGUCCCGACCCAGUCUACGACCAAGCCAAGGCCAAGGGAGAGGAGUCAAGCCAGGACUAG